AUGUUCGCCCUCCCGCGUGCCUCGUCGCUGUUCCUUCGCGCCGUUCACUCCGCGCCUAUUUUCCCCGCGCGCCUCCCCUUCGUUUGCUCCGCGCGCAUUUUUCCACGCGCCUCCCCUCCGUCUGCUCCAACGACUCUCGCGAUGGGCGACGAGGCGUGCGACGACGCGGGAGCGUCGCUGUUGUCGCACGAGAGCGAGCCGGAGUGGGCCUUCUCCCUGUCGACGGAGAUCGCGAGCGCGGCAGCAGCAGCGGACGAGGCACGGGCCCCAUGCAAGCGGACCUCUCCUUCUUCCCUGGCAGCGCGCUCUCCUUCGUCCCCAUCGCCUGCUACUGCUACGCCCGCCCAUGCCGCCUCUCGCCCCACUCCGUGCUGCUUGUGCGCUCCGCAGGUACUGUCGCCCCUGGGACGGGAGGCGGGGAGUGGGGGAGUUGGGGGGCUGGGGAAGUGGGGGAGUGGGGAAGUGGGGGAGUUGGGGAGUUGGGGAGUGGGGGACUGGGGGAGUGGGGGAGUGGGGAGAGACCAGGAAGCUGAAGCAGCGCGGGUGAAGCGGCGGGCAGCAGAGUAG